UGCGAUGUAGAUCAACUCGAACACUGCUUCUUUCGUUCUCUUGUGUUGACGGUGCGCGACAUAUACAGAGGAGUCUCUCACAUCCAGACGUUUAAAAAAUAUAUAUACAUAGAAACAAUGGCCGGGAUUAAAGCGCUGAUCAGCCUCUCCUUCAGUGGAGCCAUUGGCCUCAUGUUUCUGAUGCUUGGCUGUGCCUUGCCUGUGUAUAAUGAAUACUGGCCGCUCUUUCUUCUCUUCUUCUACAUCCUCUCUCCUAUCCCUUACUGCAUCUCUCGGCGUGUGGUGGAUGAUACAGACUCGGCUAGUAACGCCUGCAAAGAACUGGCCAUUUUCCUCACCACAGGGAUCGUUGUGUCUGCCUUCGGCCUGCCCAUCAUAUUCGCGCGCGCUAGUGUGAUCGCCUGGGGGGCCUGCGCUCUUGUCCUGACAGGAAACAUUGUCAUUUUCGGCACCAUUCUGGGCUUCUUCCUCGUCUUCGGGUCAAACGAUGACUUCAGCUGGCAGCAGUGGUGAAGCGGAGAACUAUUUUUAUCGACAUACAUUCUCACCAUGGCUACAGUCGUGGUUCUUAUUGUCGUCUUUAUUAUUUAUAGUGACUGGCCAUCCAUAUUAAGAGGAAAUCAGUGCAAUAAGUUGUCACUGGGAUCAGUUUGACCUCAGAAAGCUGUUGUUUUUGCUGUUUAUUUUGUACAUUAGCGAUGUUUCUAGUUUUGUUUUUUCUUGCAGGCAUGAUUGACGCUUCUCUACAGAACGUAGAAUGUAUAAUGCCAUGGAAAAAAAUAAGCUAAUAUGGAUAGAUGAUUCUCUUUACGAAGUCUGUGGUAGAACUAAUUGCAGACUCUGUCAUUUGGAGCGUAUCUUUUAGCUUUAGCUUUUAGCUUGGUGAAUCAACUGUUAAUUUAUUUAUUUUUUUUGACGUAUUGAAUUUUCAUGUAGCAUGGGUUUAGUUUAUUAUUUAUUCACGCAAAAUGCACUGUCUGCUGCCACCAUUGCAUUGUAGGUAGCGCAAUUCCAUCCCAUAACCAAACGCCAUUCACUGUUGUUUAAUGUAUAAUCUCUCAAUUUAGUUUAGCAAAGUACACCUUUUGGGGAAGUGUGCACUUCACAGCCAGCUCUCUUAAGAGUGUAUAUGUGAUAAAAGAGUAAUCAAACGAGACAUUAUUGAGUAAUAGGAGCUACAAAGCUCACUUUGCUAACAAGCAACUGAGCACCGACUAGCAUCAUGAUAACCGUAUUCUGAAAUCAUCACACACGCUUCAAACGGUGUCAUUAGCACAUAGUCUACUUCAUGUAGUUGUAAAGUGAGUCUGUAUUUACAAACUCAAAUAUAUAAAUAAUAUAAAGUGAUCCUGUCACAAAAUGGCCACCACUAUAGUGUUCAGUUGUGAGGUAACUUUGUGUCUGCACCCCUUUUUUUUUUUUUUUUUUUUUUUUUACACUGAAGUAAAACAGUGAUUAUUUCACUACGCAGUUAACAUGAUGCUAAUCAUUCUAGUCUAAAUAUUAUGUACACUGGAGCUUUGAGAAAGAUUAGCAUUAUGCUAAUCGUUCUCUGAAAUCAUCAUGCUUCAAAUAGCAUCAUGUAGUAUCAUUAGCACAUAGGCUGUUUCAUAUAGUUGUAAAGUGAGUCUGUAUUUACCAACUCAAAUAUAUAAAUAAUAAUAAGUGAUCCUGUCACAAAAUGGCCACCACUAUAGUUUUCAGAUGUGAGGUAACUUUGUGUCUGCACCCUUUUUUUUUUUUUACACUGAAGGAAAAAUUUUUUAAAAUGAUUUUCAAAUUAUUUAAAGGUAAAAAAAGAAAGUUAUUUCACUAUGCAGUUAACAUGAUGCUAAUCAUUCUAGUCUAAAUGUUGUGUACACUGGAGCUUUGAGAAAGAUUAGCAUUAUGCUAACUGUUCUCCGAAAUAAUCAUGCUUCAAAUAACAUCAUGUAGUAGCAUUAGCACAUAGGCUAUUUCAUAUAGUUGUAAAGUCUGUAUUUACAAAUUUAAAUAUAUAAAUAAGAGUAAGUGAUUCUGUUUCAAAAUGGCCACUGCUGUUAGUUUCAGCUGUGAGGUAAGUUUGUGUCAGCACCCUAUAAGCAAGUCUUUUUAAGAGCAACAGUGAGGUAAAAAUACAGUUAUGCGGUUAGCAUGAUGCUAAUCAUUCUAGUCCAAAUGUUGUGUGCGCUGGAGCUGUGAGAGUGAUUAGCAUUGCGCUAACUGUAUCUUAAAGCAUUUACAAACUUGCUUCAAAGAGCAAGUAACAAGAAUGUUUAAGCUAUUUUAAAACAUAAAUGUGUCAGAAACUUGUCUGAGGUAAGCGUGAUGAUUUCAGCACACUAUUAGCUUUAUGCUAGUCUGUCUUCAUAGGCAUUUAUUACUUGUUAGCUUUAUUAGCCUUGUAGCUCUUGUGCGAAUACUAAAGAAAACUUGGACACCACAUGUCUUGGCUUACUGAAGGUGUGCGGAGUGAUUUUUCAAUUUAGUUCAACUUUUCUUACAAAAGGGGUCUCCUGGGGUCCUGGGGGUUUGUUUAGGUGACAAAAGUUGCAUCUCAAAACGUUUAAAUGCACUGACAUUUAUGUUAAUUUUUAUUUUCACAUUAUUUAUUUCUUCCUCUGUUGUUGAACUGUGUAACUGUAACCAUGUAAGAACAUGACUGACUGAAAGUUGAUAAAUUAUUGCAACGUAUUUAUCAGACAUUUGUCCUGCAAUAAGGUCGAGUGUCACAUUUCAUAUAUUCGCCAAAGGGUACUUUCAUUCAACAUUGUCGGCCAACUCGGGGUGUGUGUGUGUGUGUGUGUGUGUGUGUGUGCGCGCGCGCGCGCGCGCACAGUCGGGAGUCCUAAAGCACCAAGAACUGUUUGUAUUCACAUUAGCAAGGGACAAGUUGCUGAUAUGUCACUUGUAACUUGCCUCUUGUGGGCUUUUUUUGGAAUAAAAUCAGUUUUUGGUCUCAGUCUUUUAAGCCAGACUAUGAGUCAAGAUGAAGGAUGAGCCUGUGAAGUCAUCUAUAGUUGAAUUUAUUAGCUACAUGCAAGAAAAAAAAAGAAUCCACACAUUUCUAGUUAUUCUAGUAUCCAAAGCACUUUAAAUGUUUUCAUUUAAAAUAUUUUGCUUGUUUAACCUUAUGUUUCAUCUAGGUGUCCUAAGCUGCUUAUAACUAAAGUGUGGUGGUCAUUAUUUUAAUUUUUCUGUUCUUUUUUUUUUUUUCUUUUUUUUUUUUCUUUUUUCUUUUUUUUUUUUU